CGCCACGGGCAGGGCCCCUCUGCUCCUUGGCCAGGGGGCCGCGGUUGGGCUGUGGCUGCCUGCUGGCACCGCUGGGCCUGCACUGCCCCUUCCCCUCCACGGCCUCCGGCCCUGCCCCUCAGCUGGCACGGCCGGCACACAGCAGCCCCUGGGACAGCCCCAGGGGGACCUAGCCCUGCAAGGCGCUCACUGCUUUUACUCUCUCCACUCCAGCAUGCGUGCUCUGUGGCCGAGUGGAUGAGGACUCGAGCAUCCUUGGGCACAAACAUGAGGAUAAUGGGUUCUACUUCCAUACUUUCUGUGUGGUGAGUUCCCUUGUGGUUCCUGCCUGCUUCCUCCAAGGAAUGGUUCCGUCUUUUCGGCCCGUAACAAGGUCAUGCUCUUUCUUGUUGUACAGAUAUUUUCCACUGGUCUUUGUCAACCAGGGAAAGAUAACACAAAUGUGUGUUCUUUCAAAGAAGACCUGAUACGCACAGUGAGGCAGGCAGAGCAGACGCUCUGCUUCGUCUGUGGCAAUUUCGGGGCCACAAUCACCUGCGCAGAGGCGGGCUGUGACCGCAGCUUCCAUCUCCCCUGCGCCUCGGAGGGUGACUGCAUCACCCAAUACUUUGGAGAGUUCGGGUCCUUCUGCUGGGUACAUCGUCCGCAUCAGGCAGUGGAGGCAGCGCCGGCGCAGGACACGACCUGCAUCAUCUGCAUGGAGUCCGUGGGUGACUGCAGGUCGUACAGCACCAUGGUGUGCCCAUCCUGCCAACACGCCUGGUUCCACAGGGCCUGCAUCCAGGUAGGAGCCCUCCCCUUCCCUCAUCCCGUGGGCACCGCAGGCGCUCAGCAGCACCAGGCCCGGCUCACGCUCACCCUGCUCGUGUUUCUGCUGCAGGAACAGGCCCUGCGUGCCGGCAUCUAUUGCUUCCAGUGCCCCCUCUGCAGAGACAGGGACUGGUUUAUUCCAGACAUGGUCACUAUGGGGAUCCGAAUCCCAUUCAGAAAACCAACGUGGGAGGACAGUGAUAGCUAUGCAUCCCUGGGAGUUCGGCACCGGCACUGUGAUGCCAGCAACUGCCUUUACCCACAUGGCAGGGAGCAGGCAGAGAGAGAAGGGUGAGUUACCUCAGCAGCCCUCUGGGGCUCUGCGUGGGAUCGCAGCCUCACCACAGGCUGGGGCAGCACAGACUGAGCACCAGAGCUGUGCCGGGCA